GAGUCGCGUUUGGGGUUGGUGGGGUCUUUGGCGCUGAUAGGGGGGCGUUUGCUGCUGCAGCCGCUGCUGUCUUUGCUGCUGCUGCUGCCGGUCUUUGCCCCGCGGCUCUUCGGCAAAAAAAGACUUUCUUCUUUCUUCGACGCCUCCCGCUUCGCCGCGGGAGACGGCUUCCUCCUCAACAGACUCGUCCUCCUCGUCUCCGCGCUCCAACUGGUGUUUCCGCUGUUUGACCAGGCUUUGCACCUGCUGCUGGUGCCGGAGGGGGCCCCCGUGGGCCCCUUUUUGGCUGCGAAGUUGGGGGCCCCCCUGUUUGCUGCUUUGCUGCAGAUGACCAUUUUGCUGGUCUUCAGAGACCCCACUUACGUGGCUGCGUGUCUCCUUUGCUUCUGCACUUUGCUGCUGUCUUUUUUCUUUUUGCUGCUGCCGCAGCAGCGCACUGUUGCUGCCUUCGUCACCAUGCUCGUCGCCUUUCUCUUCAUCGCCUUCACUUCCAGGGCCUUCUACACCCGGACCUUCGAAGUGAACCGGCGGCGGCUGUUUUGCAAGUAUGUGCUGCCGUACAUAAUGUAUUUGGAGGAAGUGGCUCUGGUGCUGUACGGCAGCAGCAAAGGAGAAGAAGAAACAGAGUCCAGUGGUUCAUUUGUUUCUGCUGCUGCGCUGCUGCAGCAGCAGCAGUCUUCGCGGCCUUCGCUGCGGCUCAACAGCAACCCCACCAAGUCCUUCGGGCCUUGGCGGGGUGCUUCUGCUGCUGCUGCUGCUGCUGCUGCUGCGCCCCCAGCAGCAGCAGCAGCAGCAGCAACUGGCGCAGCAGCAGCAGCAAACCGCAAAAACCCUAACGCCGCCGCCAGACACUCCCAAACUGCCGCCCUUAUCAACGAACGGGGCACCAUGACCUGA